AUGGCCCUCAUGCUACUUAUGUACGACUUCACGAUCGAGUAUGUUGGUGCAGAAAAGUUUGCUCAAGACUAUGUAAUAGCAGCAGUUUCACUUGAGGAUAAUGUAAGGUCGCCAGCCUUCGAAACAUUCAAAGUUCUACCGCUCAGUUUCAACCAAAUUCAAAAAGGCACCGAGAAAGAUCUGGUUCUCAGCAAGGCCUACGACUCCAUUCAGCAGGGAUGGAUGAAGGCUUCGUCAAGCACAGCGGAUCGGGAGCUGCAAAAGUUGUACAACCGUCGCGAGUUCUUCACUACCGUCGAAGGUUGCAUUCUUUCUAGUGAUAGACUCGUCAUUCCAAGGCACCUUCGUAAACGUUGUCUAGCUCAACUGCAUCAAGGGCAUCCCGGCAUCCAUCGGAUGAAGCCCAUAGCCAGGAGUUGCGUUUACUGGCCAUCUAUUGACAUCGAUAUUGUGAAGUAUGUCAAACCGUGCGCUUCUAUUCCCUGGCCAAAGUUGCAGCGGCCAUGGCAACGUGUUCAUGUUGAUUACGCAGAACCGCUAGACGGCGAAUACUACCUUCUCGUAGUUGACUCGUUCUCGAAAUGGCCGAAGACUCUGCAGACAAGUCGCAUUACAGUUGUAGCAACAAUCAAGAUCCUUCAAAGUAUCUUCGCACGGCUAGGUAUGCCAGAAACGGUCGUCUAA